AUGACUGAAACAACUGCUGGAAAACUAGGUUGUAAAAGAAUCUUAUUCGUAAAUUGGUCACUGCCCGAAAUAGUGACAAAUGAACCUAGUUUUCGUAAAUCAAUACGAACAUUUAUUUCGAGAUCAAUUCAAUAUUGUCUUAUUGGAAAUCAAAAUUCAAAUUCGACCAUACAAUCAAUUGCAUUUGCCGUUCCCGAUUCAUGUCAUCAUGAAAGAAUUCUUGCAGAAGAAAUGAUUAAUGCAGCUAAGCAACAAAUAGAUUUAUCGAACUCAGUAUCACUAAUGAUAUCAUUCGUCAUGUUAUCUGACCAAGAAAUAUUCUAUGAACAAUUUAGAAGCGUAAUUCAAAAUUUACAGACGGAAAGUGAUGGUAUUGGAGUACUCUUCUGGCCAAUAUCGUCUCUAACAAUAACAAUAACUUCAUCCGACGACAAUCGCUUAUUAAAAUGUCAAGAAAAACUCUCUGAUUACUUGAAACGAUGUUCUACUGAGAUUGAACUAAUAAAUGGCUUUAAUAAUUGGAAUCAACAUAUGAUCAACGUUUAUUUCAAAUAUUGUUAUGAUCGACGUAUUCUGAUUUUCAGUGAGCAAAAUCAACGAAUCGUUCUUAAAGGCCCUAUAUCAAAUAUUUAUGAAGCCAAGGAAAAAUAUGAUUUGUUAGUUGCUUUGAUCACACAAAAAAUAUUCAUACAACAAUCUUCAUUAGCAAUAAUACGACCAAGAUCGGCUCCAUCAGCAUCAGAUGGAGCAGAUCGUGUUCUAUCACCGACUAUACCUACUACAUGUUACAACAUCAUGUUCAGUUAUUAUCGAAAAGAUUCAUUAGCUUGUCAUUAUUUAACAAAUCGUCUUAUAAGUGAAGGUUUUUCUUUGUGGAUGAAUGAUAACGAGAUCAAUUAUGAUGAAACUCUAUUACAAAUGAAGCGAUCUGAUUGUUGGAUUAUUUGUAUUAGUAACAAUUUUUAUGAAAAUAAUUCAUUCAUGAACGAAGUUAAAUACGCAAAAGAACUUGGUAAACCUAUUAUAUCGAUCAAAAUAGAAAAUUGUAGAACAGUUAAAUGGUUAGCAGAAAAUUUCAUCGACAGUUGUAAUAUCCAAAUGUUUGGAUCAGAGUAUCAUCUCGAUUUAGAAUACGACAAACUAUUGUUGAAAGUUGUGAGUAAUGAAAUUUAUUUGCACUUUUCUUGUUCUGAUACGUUCAUGAAAACUGUGUGA